UACGAAACUAAUCGGAUUAUGGGAAAGUUUAGCGUGUGCCUGUUCCUCUAUUCUACAUUGGUUUCUAUUCUAUUCUACACUGGUUUGGUGUGUGUGGUACUUUUCAUUUCUGUACUGUCUGUUUUCUCCCCGAAAUGAGGACCGGAAUUUUGUCUCAUCUCGAUGAUGAAAUUACAAAUCGGUGGAACUCUCUCAGUUUGAUUUGCUGAAGAGGACCUUUGACUGGUGAUUUAAAAUGAAGAAAAAAAACACCAAUAAUCUUCUCAUUUCGAAUGCGGACUACAAACCCGUGUUGCCCAGGUUGGUACUCCAGAGCGAGAGCAGAAAUAUGGUUUGAUGUUUAUUUCUCACGGAAUGCGGGAUGAUGGAGUUGAAAUAAUAACCGGGAAAUAUUCCCCAUAGGAGUCGGAGCGGCAGUUGGCCUGUUGGAUUACGUCAAAACUAUUUGCCAAACCUUCACUUUCAUUUCAUUUCCAGGCUCUUUACAAAGUUAAACUCAUAAUCCGCGUUGAUGUUGGCAAAAACAUCCAAGUGCGCCAGCCCACAUCCACCAUUCUUUCCCCCAAGGAGGACAGCCACCCAGGGGGUUAGAUGGUUCUGAUCACGGACGAGAGAGACGGAGGUGGCUCCUCUACUACGACCCGUGUCAACCAGCUGCAGCAGAGCACCAAAGGCGCCAGCGUUUUCGUCCAGGUCCACCCGACCAUAACCGCCGAACCCCCGCCCUUAUCAAACGACGACUCAUACCUCGGGUCCUGUGAGUCUGAGGGAGACGAGGACGAUGACUACGAGGAAUACGACGAUUUAUCGUUAUUACCGGACACCAAGAGUAUCGCCUCGGACGACUCAUUCUACCCACCAGACGAUGCGUUCGCGGACAACGAGCGCACCCCCUCCCCGCAGAGUCCCGAGCCGUUGUCGUUCUUCCAGGCGUGCUGCACCAACAAUGCCACGAUAGUCCGGAUCAUGAUCCGACAAGGUGUGAAGGAGGCGGAGGUGAGGGAGACGGAUAAAAACAACAGGACGGGGCUGAUGGUGGCAUGCUACCAGGGUUAUGUUGACGUUGUCAUAGCGUUGGCUCAGUGUUGUCACCUGGAUGUCAACUGGCAGGACACUGAGGGGAAUACCGCCCUCAUCACAGCUGCACAGGCAGGUCACAUAAUGAUCAGUAACUACCUGUUGAACUACUCCCCUGGUCUGGACAUAGAGAGGAGGAACUGUCAUGGCUUCACCGCUCUGAUGAAGGCUGCUAUGCAGGGCAGGGUGGAGUGUGUACGAGCCCUGAUGCUAGCAGGAGCUGACACGGAGGCGAGGGACUUUGGUCGUCAGCUGACCUCCAGAGAGUGGGCGUUUUUCACAGGACGCUACGACACCGCCUGGGCCAUGACACGUCUCCACUCCAGACCCUGUCCUUAUCAACUAUGUGACGCAUACAGUCCAGAGUGGCCCCAGCUGGCGUCUCUAGUAUCUAAGGCCCGGGAGCCUCGAGGCUGUAUGCAGCGUAUAUCAGACACCAUACGAAACGCUCUGACGUUUGCCAACAUCACAGAGCCUGACGACGAAGGAGUCUUAGAUCACCUAGUCACCGUGACAACAGCACUGGGGAGCCCCUUCGUGGCGAUGGCUUGUUCCACAGUGUGUCCGACAAGCCCACCUUGCGUGGGUAAACGUCGCUACUCCGUCCCAGAGAUCCUCCGACGCCAACGGGCCAAAGAACUGAAAACGCAGAACCCUGAGAGGAUCGACAACCACAGCAAACUCUUCCAGAACUCACGGGUCACUCUGGUGUCCAAACCUCCAAAGGCCCGGCGGACCAUCCUGCUACCGCCGAACAAAAACCCCACCACGACUAACCCUACCCUCGGUAAGGUGUCUGCGGCUGGGGCCUCUUCCUCCAUGGCCCUGAGAAAGACUAGCCUGCUGCCUCUGGGUAUGGUGAAGUAUAGCAGUGUGCGGCCGCGGAUGUCCAUUCCCAAGGUGAGAAUCUCUAAGGCCCCAACGCCGACCUUUGAACCUGAGAGAGUCCACAGGAAGAGCAGCUUUAAAGACGGAGGGGGCGACUUCCUGCAGCUUCCCAAGUGGAGGUAUAAAGAACUGAAGGAGGAGAGGAAGAGAGCGGAGGAGGCGGAGAGGAGGAGGGUGGAGGCGGCCACGAGGCGGCACCUGGGUUCCAGGAAGAGGAAAUGACAUCGUAGGAGGAAGUGAUGUCACUCCACCCUGUCCUCCACUGUUGCCUAGGUAGCAGUUCAGAGGUUUUUUUUGCUUUUUGAGGGAGUAAAAGUGACAGUGCUUUAAAGUGACAGUGCUUUAAAGUGACAGUGCUUUAAAGUGACAGUGCUUUAAAGUGACAGUGCUUUAAAGUGACAGUGCUUUAUUUUCUAAUGCAUUUGAUUCACAAAAUCAGCAGUAUUUUUAUAGUGUGAUUUCUGUAUUACCUGACACUUACCCAGGCUACAAACCCAUAUGAUCUGACUGUGUACAGAUCAUGUUUCACUAAUAUAUCUGACACAUCACACGUUGAAACUGUAUUGCCUAAAAUGAUGAUACUAUACGCUUCGGGAAGGGUUAGAAUGGGACAGAUAUAAAGGGUUACAAUAUUGCGUAGCCUCCCAGCAUGUCAAACUGACUUAUCGUCAAAGAUAAACAUAAGAUAAGCAUUAUUUUGUUACCAAUGGCAUUUGACUGACUUUCUUUUUAGAUAGGCACUGUGCUUUGAUAUGUUGAAAUGACAUCUACUUUAUAUUGGCUUUUUGAAAGCUUUUCAAAUGUAUUUAUUUGUAUUUCUAUGUAUUUUAUAUAUAGAUAUAUAUAUAUAGAUUGUACCUCAUCAGGUAUUUUUUUAUUAUGAGUAUACUAUAUAUAAACUGUUUUUAGUUUCUACUAAAGUAGGCAUAUUUUGAGAAUGUGAAUGAAAUAAAGAAAUGUCUUAGAGCAAUAUUAUCUAUCAAAUGGGUGAAAACAAACUAUAUCCUGAAAUGUUUACAUGUUAUGAAUGAGAUCAAAGUACUGCUACACUGACCUCAGAUCAGCAUCUAGGAGCACCUUCAUCAUGUGCUUUUUACAAACACACGUGUGUAUUCCGAUCAGACAGACGCCAUACUAUUGGUUGAGAAGUUCAACAGAAAAUAAUGGAUGACAAUAAUGGGAGGUAGGAUCACAAAUGGCAACGGAAAGUCUUGAUAUAAUAUAGUAUUAUUAUGGUAGGGAUUGAUAUAAUAUAGUAUUAUUAUGGUAGGGAUUGAUAUAAUGUAGUAUUAUUAUGGUAGGGAUUGAUAUAAUAUAGUAUUAUUAUGGUAGGGAUUGAUAUAAUGUAGUAUUAUUAUGGUAGGGAUUGAUAUAAUGUAGUAUUAUUAUGGUAGGGAUUGAUAUAAUAUAGUAUUAUUAUGGUAGGGAUUGAUAUAAUGUAGUAUUAUUAUGGUAGGGAUUGAUAUAAUGUAGUAUUAUUAUGGUAGGGAUUGAUAUAAUAUAGUAUUAUUAUGGUAGGGAUUGAUAUAAUAUAGUAUUAUUAUGGUAGGGAUUGAAGAGAAGACAAUUUCACAGUGAUAACCCCAAAGACAGGACUGGCUUUAAGUGGCUAACAGCCAAUGUGAUAAGUUGCUAUGGAGUUACUAGGGAGCAGUGGUUGGCACAAAAAAACAAUUUCUGUAAACAAAUGGAGCAGGCUAGGCAGCAGGAGUGUAACACUAAAAUGCUUUCCCAGACAUAUCACAAAGACUCCAGGUGAAUUCUGGGUCUGCCCAAGUGUGCCCUGGUUCCCCUCAUUGAUUUAAAAGGAAUGGACGAAACACUCUAAACUCUCUGCUUAUACAAGUCCAAUUAAAAAAAUGAAAAGGAUUUAGUGAACAAGUGUACACUUCUCUCAGGAAGCCACGCUAUGGAUUUAGGAAACAGAUUCACAAGGUUUUGUUUGUUUGAGUGGUAAUGGAACCACAAUGGGACCAGCAAUAUCUAGUCCGUGUACUCUACAAUGUUCUUGUUUAUGGUGAAUAAAAACACAACUGGAAUGCAAUGCA